AUGGUUUUAGCCGAUUUGGGGCGAAAAAUCCGAAAUGCGAUCGGAAAACUCGGUCAGAAUACGGUAAUCAACGAGGAGGAGCUCGAUUUGAUGCUCAAGGAGGUGUGCACCGCCUUAAUUGAGUCAGAUGUUCAUAUUCGGCUGGUUAAACAGUUGAAGGAUAAUGUUAAAAAAGCGAUAAAUUUCGAGGAGAUCGUCGGUGGUGCGAACAAACGUCGUUAUAUUCAGAAGACUGUAUUCAAUGAACUUCUGAAACUCGUCGAUCCGGGAGUCACCGCAUUUCAACCGACGAAAGGAAAACGGAAUGUUUUCAUGUUCGUCGGUCUGCAGGGAUCCGGUAAAACUACCACUUGUACUAAGAUGGCCUAUUACUACCAACGUAAAGGAUGGAAGACAUGUCUUAUCUGUGCAGAUACAUUCCGUGCGGGAGCAUUUGAUCAAUUGAAACAGAAUGCAACCAAAGCGAGAAUCCCAUUCUACGGAUCAUAUUCUGAAAUUGAUCCCGUCAAAAUUGCAGCCGAAGGAGUCGAGAAGUUCACUAAAGAAGGAUUCGAGAUCAUAAUCGUCGAUACAUCGGGUCGUCACAAACAAGAGGCAUCUCUAUUCGAAGAAAUGUUGCAAGUAUCGAAUGCAGUGACUCCUGAUAACGUUGUCUUCGUAAUGGAUGCAUCUAUCGGACAGGCUUGUGAAGCUCAGGCGAGAGCAUUCUCACAGACUGUAGACGUCGCAUCGGUUAUCAUCACAAAGUUGGAUUCACAUGCGAAGGGAGGAGGAGCACUCUCGGCUGUCGCCGUCACGAAGUCUCCAGUGAUUUUCAUCGGAACCGGAGAGCACAUUGAUGAUUUCGAGAUAUUCAAACCGAAAUCAUUCGUCCAGAAACUACUCGGAAUGGGAGAUAUCGCCGGAUUAGUGGAUAUGGUCAAUGAUAUUGGAAUUCAGGAUAACAAGGAGUUGGUUGGCAGACUCAAACAGGGUCAAUUCACGCUUCGUGACAUGUACGAACAAUUCCAGAAUAUCAUGAAAAUGGGCCCAUUCAGUCAGAUUAUGAGUAUGAUCCCCGGUUUCGGACCAGAAUUCAUGAAUAAAGGAAACGAACAAGAAUCGGUGAAUCGUCUGAAACGAAUGAUGACAGUAAUGGAUUCGAUGAGUGACAAAGAGUUGGAUCAUCCGAAAGCAUCGGAAUUAUUCACGAAAGAACCGAAUCGUGUUGCACGAGUCGCCAGAGGAUCUGGAAGUCAUCAGCAAGAAGUACGCGAUCUCCUCGCUCAAUACAAGAAAUUCUCGGAUGUUGUGAAGAAGAUUGGAUCGAUUAAGGGACUUUUCAAUGGUAAAAAUGGCGACAUCAAUCCGAAAAACAUGAAUCCGGCGAAGAUGGCCCAGUUGAAUCAGCAAAUGGCGAAGAUGAUGGAUCCACGUGUACUCCAACAGAUGGGAGGAAUGGGUGGACUUCAGAAUAUGAUGAAUCAGAUGGCCAGGGCUGGAAAAAUGUAG